UGCAUGAUAAUAUCAGACAAUGAGGGGUCGUAUAAAUGUCAGCCCUUUAGCAUCUUUUUGCUCAGUCUCGAACUCUCAUGUUGGCCUUGAACUAAAAAAAUUCCACCUUUCUCUGAUCAACUCAGAAGCGGUGUACAAGCUUUCCAUUUUGCAUGUAGCAGACCAAACCAACGUACACGGUCUGCUGUUUUAUCAUCAUAGAAGAUCAUGAUACGAUAUAUUCCCCUCUUCAGAUCUUGCAGCACAAAAAGAACCCUCUUGGAAAUCCAUGCACAACUCCUCACCACCGGCCUCCAUAGGGAUCCACUAGCAGCCACGAAGCUUAUAGAAUCGUAUGCCAUGAUGGGCAUCACUGAUGCUGCUAGACUGGUCUUUGACAAGUUCUCGAGUCCGGACUCUUUCAUGUGGGGUGUGAUGAUCAAAAGCUAUUCAUGGGCUGGGCUCUACAAAGAAGUCAUUUCACUGUAUCAUGCGAUGCAGUGUCAGCAGCUUCGGCUGACAAGUUUCAUCUUUCCACCCGUUCUAAGAGCUUGUUCGGGUCUUUGUAAUGUACUAGUUGGAAGAAGGAUACAUGGAAGGAUAAUUAAAGGUGGGUUUGAUUCUGAUGCUGUUGCUGAGACGUCACUGCUUCAGAUGUACGGCGAAGGAGGGAGCUUAGAAGACGCUCACCAGGUGUUCGAUGGCAUGUCAACAAGAGAUGUGGUCGCCUGGAAUUUGAUGGUUUCGAGCUGUAUCCAAUGCAAGCGAGCCGACGUAGGCCUAGAAAUAUUCUCAGAGAUGAAUAUGGAAAACAUCGUUCCUGAUUCAGUAAUAAUGCUGAACGCGACUCGAGCUUGUGCUGAGUUGGGAUUUCUAAAACAAGGAAGGUCUGUUCAUGGCUAUAUUGUAAGAAGAUGGACUGCAGUCGAUGAAGCGUUAGAGAAUUCGCUCAUUGCCAUGUAUGGCAGAUGUGGUUGUCUAGACCAUGCAGAGAAGCUAUUCAGGAAUGCAUCACGACGAAGUGUUGUAUCCUGGACUGCCAUGAUAUCAUGUUGCAGUGAAAAAUCCUGCUAUAGAGAAGCAUUAGUUGUCUUUACUGAGAUGCUAAAAUGUGAGGUAGAGCCAAAUUCUGUAACUAUGAUGUGUGUUCUCUUUUCCUGCACCCAAUUGGGAUUCCUGAGAGAAGGGAAGUCAGUCCAUGGAUUCAUUCUCAGAAGAAGUAUGGACCCUGAAUCAAGUUCCACAGGCACGGCACUAAUAAAUAUGUAUGCCGGUUUCAGAAAGCUCGGGACUUGCUGCCAUAUGUUUGAGGCUAUGCAGAAGAAAACAAUUGUCUCCUGGAACUCACUCAUUGCAGCGUGCUCGCAAAAUGGUUCUUCAAAGAAGGCAUUGAGACUCUUCAUUAGAAUGCAAAAGGAAGGACUUCUUCCGGAUUCAUUUACCCUCUCCAGUACUCUCCCUGCAUGUGGGCAAGUUGGUGACUUGAGAUUGGGGUUCCAAAUCCAUGGCCUUAUUGCUAAAACAGGCUUCCAGCUCAAUAAAUUUGUUCGCAACUCCCUGAUCGAUAUGUACUGCAAAUGUGGAUCCACUGACACUGCUUACAGGAUUUUUGAGGAGAUUGAAAGUAAGGACACUGUGACGUGGAAUGCGAUGAUGAGUGGAUUUUGUCAAAAUGGUUUCUCAAUAGAAGCAAUUAGACUCUUUGAUCAAAUGUAUUGGAAAGGUAUUCAGACAGACGCUGUGACCUUUCUUAGUGCCAUUCAGGCCUGUACCCAUCUGGGUUAUCUAAGAAAGGGAAGAUGGACCCAUCAUAAGCUUAUAACUUCCGGUUCGAAGAAGGAUAUCCAGUUAGAAACAGCUCUCAUCAACAUGUACGCAAAGUGCGGAGAUUUAUACAUGGCUAGAAAAGUCUUUGAUAACAUGUCCCAGAAGAAUGUAGUGUCAUGGAGUUCGAUCAUCUCUGGCUAUGGAGUGCAUGGCCUAGCAGAAGAUGCUGUAGCUCUCUUAUUUCAAAUGGUGGCGAUGGGGAUAAGACCGAAUGAAGUAACAUUCAUGAGCAUUCUUUCUGCCUGCAGUCAUGCAGGAUUAGUGGAAGAAGGAUUGUUUUAUUUUGAUUUGAUGAAGCAGGAGUUUGGCAUAGAGCCUCAAUCAGAGCACUAUGCCUGCGUGGUUGACCUACUAAGCCGUGCCGGUCACGUCGAUAGAGCUUAUAAAUUCAUCAAGUCAAUGCUGGUGGAACCAGAUGCCAGUAUCUGGCGUUCUUUGCUUAAUGGUGGUUGUCGUUUUCAUCAUAGAGAAGAUAUUGUAGGCGACAUACAGAGAAGAAUCAGCAAUUCUUCUUCAUCACAGUGUAUUAUUGGCUAAGAAAGUCACAUACUGUAAAUAUUACCAUAGAGAUGAUAAAAAGGAUCCUCAGAACCUAACAAAUAAACCAAGAUUGAUAUCUUU